AUGGCUUCGACCGAAGGCUCGGCCGUGAUGGUGCUGCCAGGCGGCCGCAGCGGCCCCGCCAGUCGCCACCGCUCCCCGUGCCAGUCGCCCACCACCACCACUGCCUCGUGCGACGCAGGGACGCAGCCGCCCUCGCCGGAGGCCAUCGUCUCGGGCGACUGCGGAGCUGCGCUCUUCAACCCGUGUGGCCUGACCGCCUCUGCCAACGGUGAGGUCUACGUGGCCGACACCGGCCACCAUCGGAUUUGCGUGCUGAAGCAGGGCGGCAUGCGCGUGCUGGCUGGCUCUGGCGCCAGAGGCUUCGCGGACGGGGCGGGGCAGGAUGCGGCGUUUGCGCACCCAUGCGGGCUUGCGAUUGACUCAGAGGGGACUCUCUACGUGGCCGACUGCGGCAACCACCGCAUUCGGCGCGUGACGAUGGACGGCGUCGUCACCACUAUUGCCGGCAACGGCGCCGCGGCGCACCGCGACGGGCAGGGGAGGGUGGCGAGCUUCUACAACCCGUGUGGGAUCGCGAUUGACUCGAACGACGUCCUCUACGUCGCCGACUACUCAAACAACUGCGUGCGGGUGGUCUCACGGGGCGGCGUGGUGGCGACGCUCUCGUGCCACGAGGACGAGGCCGCGCUCGACGCUCCGUACGGCAUCGCGGUGUCCAUCUUCGUCUCGUCGUACCACUCGAACUCGCUCGCCGCCAUCUCGCCCGACGGGCAGGUGUCGGUGCUAGCGGGGUGCGGCGCGGCGAAGCACCGGGACGGGAGCGGCAAGGACGCCGCCUUCCACGCGCCCAACGGCCUCGCGAUCGACUCGGAGGGGACGCUGUAUGUCGCCGACUCGGGCAACCACUGCGUGCGCCGCGUCACUCUGGCCGGCGAGGUGACGACGCUGGCCGGGACGGGGCAGGCGGCGAUGAGUGAGUCGCAGUUCAACUCGCCGUGCGGGCUGUGCGUGUCGCUGCUCCCUGGCAUUGGGCCCGCCCUCCUCAUCACCGACCGCAGCAACUCGUGCGUCCGCUACCUCUCCGUCGACGCCUUGCCGCCGCGCCGCGUCGCUCCGUCCACGCUGCGGCAAGACCUGCGCAGGCUGCUCGACGGCGACAGCGAGUCGGUCAUCGAGGGCGAGGCGGUCUUCGAGGUGGAGGGGCGGACGCUGCGCGCCUCCAAGGCGGUGAUGUGCGUGCGCUCCGCCCACUUCCGCGCCAUGUUCACCUCCGGGAUGCGCGAGUGCUCCGACGACGUCGUCAAGGUGCCUGGCGUCGCGUACGCCGCCUUCCGCUCGCUCGUCAACUACCUCUUCACGGACGACUUGCCUCGCGGGAUGUCGGCCGCGCACGCGCUCGAGCUGAUGAUGCUGGCCAACGCGUACCAGCUCACCCGCCUCGAGCAGCUCUGCGAGCAGGCGCUGCUGCUGCUGCUCGAUCGAGAAAACGCGUCCGACAUCGUCGCGUUUGCAGAGCUCAUCGGCGCGUGCGGGCUCGCGCGCGCCUCGAAGCGGCUGAUCGAGGGGGAGCAGAAGGAUUCCUCCGUCGCGGACGCGCGCGCCAAGUCGCCGCGCCUCUCCCCGCCCUCUUCGCCCCUCUCCCCGCUCGACUCGAGCCGCAUGUCAUGCGGCGAGACCUCGCCGGUCGAGAUAUGCUGACCUCGCCGCGCCCGAGGAGCCCGGCCGACGCCAGGCCGUGGCUGGUGGGGUCUGCGGAGGCGCGGCCGGGGCCGAGGCGCGGGAGCCGUGCCCUGGGCUGCGGAGGCCGGCUCCGCUCCGGGCCGCCGCAGCAGUAACGAAGCUAGGGUUGGCUCCCGUGCCCCGCGGCGGAGAUGCAGUUGAGACGUUGGCAGCUUGGCACGUGAGGUGCGUCUGUGGCCGCUUUCUGUGGCGUAGGCGAGAGCAUGACGUUGUCGCAGCGCGCGUCGCGUUCGUCCGGUGUGUGAUUGUCGAGGGAGGGCGGACGGGGGGCGCUCGGAUUCUUGGGGGCGCGCGCGAUGUCAGCCGCCACGUGCUUGUCUCCGGGAGGCGGGCUCGUGUUGGCGCCGGGCCCCGGACUUUAGUCCCCGGCGGGGCACACGUGGGUCGUGGGAAUUCGCGCAUGCGCAUUGUCGGGUGGUGUCCGAGGGGCGGGGAUGUAUCUACUCUUAUGGGUCACAUGUGCAUAG